AUGUCGACCGCCAACACAAUCAAGGUCGUCGCUCGUUUCCGACCCCAAAACAAAGUCGAAGCCGCAGCUGGGAGCGAGCCUAUCGUCGACUUUAUCAGCGACGACACCUGUAGCAUCAGCAGCAAAGAAGCCAGCGGCAGCUUCACCUUCGAUCGCGUAUUCCCCACCAACACCCAGCAGCAUGAUGUGUUCGACUACUCCAUCCGUAGCACCGUCGACGAUGUCCUGGCAGGCUACAAUGGCACAGUCUUCGCCUACGGACAGACUGGAUCCGGAAAGACAUACACCAUGAUGGGCGCCGACAUCAACGACGACGCCGCCAAAGGUAUCAUUCCUCGCAUUGUCGAGCAGAUUUUCACCACCAUCAUGCGAAGUGACCAGAACAUUGAAUUCAUGGUCAAAGUCAGCUACAUGGAAAUCUAUAUGGAAAAGAUCAGAGAUUUGCUCAUACCGCAGAAUGACAAUCUGGCUGUGCAUGAAGACAAGCAGCGAGGCGUGUACGUGAAAGGCUUGGGAGAGUUCUACGUAGGAUCCGCGGGAGAAGUUUACACCAUCCUGGAAAGGGGAGGUCAAGCAAGAGCUGUCGCAUCUACAAACAUGAAUCAGGAAUCCUCGCGAUCGCACUCAAUCUUCGUCAUUGAGGUCACGCAGAAGAACGUCGAGACUGGCUCUGCUCGGUCGGGUCGCCUGUUCUUGGUCGACUUGGCAGGUUCAGAAAAGGUCGGCAAGACUGGUGCGAGUGGUCAGACUCUCGAAGAGGCGAAAAAGAUCAACAAGUCGCUCUCCGCCCUCGGCAUGGUCAUCAACGCCCUGUCGGAUGGCAAGAGCAACCACAUCCCUUAUCGAGACUCGAAGCUCACCCGUAUCCUGCAAGAAUCGCUCGGUGGUAACUCGCGGACCACGCUCAUUAUCAACUGUUCUCCUAUGUCAUACAACGAUGCCGAGACACUCUCCACACUGCGAUUCGGCGAACGUGCAAAGACGAUCAAACAGAAGGCCAAGAUCAACGAGGAGCUCUCGCCUGCUCAGCUAAAGCAGCUUCUCAAGAAAGCGCAAGGACAGCUUACGACUUUCGAGUCAUAUAUAUCUUCGCUGGAAGGCGAAGUUGGGCAGUGGCGAAAGGGCGAGUCAGUGUCGAAAGAGAGAUGGGUACCGGCUCUCAAAGAAUACAAAGCACCAACAGACGCACCACCGAGAGCCCAGACGCCAACGAGCAGAGUCAAGGCUCAAGAUGGGGCUGGAACUCCGGGACCAGACAGCAGACAAGACUUGGAGAGAGUGGCUACGCCUAGUCUCCCUCUCGAAAAAGACGAAAAGGAGGAAUUUCUCAAGAGGGAGAAUGAGUUGCAGGACCAGCUUGCGGAGAAGGAACGCAGCCUAGAAGCUGCCGAGCAGGCUCUCCAGGCCGCACGCACCGAACUCAAGGAUUUGCGAGAAUCACAUGCCACGAUCAUGCACGCGAAGGAGGCCUUGCAGAGUCAGACCGAGUCUCUCAAGAUGCAGGUCGAGAAGAUAGAAUUUGAGACCAAAGAGGCUGCCAUCACGAUGGACUCUCUGAAGGAAGCCAAUGCCGAACUUACACAAGAGCUUGACGACGUGAAAAACCAAUUGCUAGAUGCCAAGAUGUCGGCAAAGGAGUCUUCUGCGAUGCUCGACGAAAAGGAAAGAUUGAAGAAAGAGCGCAUGGCGGCGAUGAUGGCUGGUUUCGACCUAGGAGACGGCAUGAUGUCGCAGAGCGAAAUUCAGGUCAGGGAGAUGAUCCAACAAGUGCAGAGCCUGUUGGAGAUCGCAGAUAGCGGAGAAUCAGUGGCGCCGGACGAGCUGCACGCGCUCAAGGACAGAUUGAUUGAAGUGCAGGGUCUGGUCAGACAAGCUGACAUUAGCGCCAAUGGCCAUGCCGACAGUGCGCAGACUGCUAUUCUGGAGCAGAAGCUCAGCCAAGCCCAGCGGGAAUACCAGGAAUUGCUUGAGAAGAACCUUUCCGAAGCUGAUGUGGAAGAGGUCAAGCGAAGUCUCUUUGAGUCUAUGUCUGCACAGCAAAACGGCAAUGGCCACUCUGCUGACUUCGAGGAUGCGCUGAAGCGGCAACAAGAAGAAAACGGCCGUAUUCGAAGCGAGCUCGAGGCUCUUCGGAAGCAAGCAGUGAACGGAGCUAAUGGUGGCACACUCAGCAAGCAGCUUUCAGAUUUCGAUGCGAUCAAGAAGUCACUUAUGCGCGACCUCCAAAACCGAUGCGAGCGCGUCGUCGAACUCGAGAUCAGUCUCGACAGCACCCGGGAACAGUACAACUCGAUCCUCCGAAGCAGCAACUCCAAGCAACAGCAGAAGAAGCUCGCCUUCCUCGAGCGCAAUCUCGAACAGCUUACCCUUGUGCAAAAACAGCUUGUCGAGCAAAAUGCACAGCUCAAGAAGGAAGUCGCCAUCGCCGAACGCAAGCUGGUGGCGCGAGGCGAGCGCAUCCGCGGUCUUGAGGGUCUUGUGCAAGAAAGCCAAGAGAAACUCAUGCUUGCUAACCAUAAAUUCGAAAGCCAGCUUAUGGCUGUCAAAGAGCGUCUCGAGGCUGCCAAAACCGGAUCUACUCGGGGACUGCCUAAUUCCCCUGCACCGAACACAUUUGGCAACAAUCCUUUCGGUAGGAUAGCGAAGCCACUGCGAGGUGGUGGGGGCGGCGACCAACCUGCCGUGCCAACGCUUGCAGGACUGCAGAACCAAGAGGGCGGUAGCAAGCGCAGCUCAUGGUUCUUCCAGCAGCGGUCUUAG